AUGAAUAAUUGUUUGUUAACUCCAAAAACAAAGAAAUUGUUGUGUCCUUAAGCUCCUAAAAAGUAGUUAAAGUUUACAAGAAUUGAUGAUUAAUCAAUAAGAUCAAUUUGUAGAAUGCUUUUUAAUGAUUAACCAAACCCAGAAAUUACUAUAACCUAAACUGUAUGA